AUGUGGGAGUCCAAGCAGGCUGCUGACAACUCGGAUUCAGACCAUAACCCCCCAUCGCCAAAUGCCCAUCAGAGCACCAGUCUAUAUUUGGCCGGACAGGCAAAACGGCCAGAUGCACGAAUGAGUCCCGAUCAACCGCCAAAUGGCGGCUAUGGUUGGAUUUGCACGCUGUGCGUUGCGCUCAUAAAUGCACAUACCUGGGGCAUCAACUCGUCCUAUGGCGUUUUUCUCGCGCACUACCUUUCCACCGAUGCAUAUCAAGGGGCAACAUAUUUGCAAUAUGCCUUCGUGGGUGGUCUGUCAAUCUCCUGCGCUAUGCUCGUGUCGCCACUGGCCACCUUGUCGACUCGUCAUUUUGGAACCCACGCGACAUUGUCUUUUGGAACCGCGCUCGAGGUCAUCGGGUUGAUCGGUGCGUCAUUCGCCUAUAACAUAUGGCACCUCUUCCUCAGCCAGGGGCUGGCUUUUGGCAUCGGCAUGGGUUUUCUCUUUGUCGGGUCCGUUGGCAUCCCGCCACAGUGGUUUACUACAAAGCGAUCACUCGCCAACGGCAUCAGUGCCUCAGGGUCUGGUUUCGGAGGUCUGGUAUACUCUCUGGCAGCUGGAGCCAUGAUCCGAUCUAUUGGAAUCGCGUGGUGUUUUAGAGUGCUGGGGCUUUUGGCCUUUACUGUAAACGCCAUCUGUAUCGCGUUAAUACGGGACCGCAACAAAAUCAUCGGUUCUCGGCAUGCCCCGUUCGACAUGAAGCUGUUCAAGAGACCGGAAUAUCUUCUACUUAACGGCUACGGCUUCUUCUCCAUGCUCGGGUACAUUGCCCUGGUCUUCUCCCUAGCCGAUUACGGAAAAAAGGUUGGGUUGACCGCCUCGCAAGCAUCCGUGCUCUCUGCCAUUUUAAAUUUGGGCCAGGGACUCGGGAGACCACCCAUCGGAUACUUCUCGGACACCAUCGGGCGAAUUAACAUGGCUGGGCUAACCACCUUUCUUUGCGCUCUCUUGUGUUUCGUCGUCUGGAUCUUCGCCAAAAGCUACGGCGUCUUGAUCUUCUACGCACUCGUUGGGGGCACUGUGACGGGCACAUUCUGGGCAACCGUUGGCCCGGUUGCUGUCGAGGUUGUAGGACUUCAAGACCUUCCUUCAGCUCUAAAUCUCGAAUGGUUAAUCAUCGUUUUGCCUUGUACGUUUAGCGAGCCGGUUGCUCUCGAGAUUGUUGAGCACUCGGGAAAUUACCUCGGCGCACAGCUAAUGGUUGGCUUCAUGUAUCUUGCUGGGGCUUUAUGUGUAAUGUUGCUUCGGGGAUGGAAAGUUGGCGAAUUGAAUGAGAUUGCGAGAACAAAGGACCAAAACCCUGAGAAUCACCACCAUAUGGACAUGUCCGUGGGGUCUACGAACGAAUUGGCGAGGGCAGCUGGAAGGCGUACCAUACUUAGACAUUUCUGGGAGUGGCGAAAGGUGUAA